UGCCCUGGGCUUGACACAUUACCCUGCACAACUCCUAAAAUAGUUCUAAGCUCUUUCUGUGAAAGAGCGAGGACUGAAGUGGAGCUCCGAGUAGUUGUCGUAUGAAAAAUUAAUGGACUCAACGGAUUCAUGGAGGCUUCAUCACAGGAUUCAGUCCGACUUGGAACUUCACUGACACCGAAACAAGAUGCUAACGCCACAGUCUACAUGGAUUUCAUGAAGAAUCACUGCUGCUAUGACGCUAUUCCAACCAGUUGUAAACUGGUCAUAUUUGAUACCAAGCUCCAAGUGCAAAAAGCCUUCUUUGCACUGGUGGCAAACAGCUUGAGGGCCGCGCCUUUAUGGGACAGCAAAUUGAAGAAAUUUGUGGGUAUGCUUACUAUUACAGAUUUCAUCAACAUCGUUCAUUGCUACUACAAAUCACCUUUGGUGCAGAUGUAUGAGCUGGAGAACCACAAGAUUGAGACAUGGAGAGAUGUCUAUUUAAAGUGUUCCUGUCCGUUACUGAUCAGUAUUUCACCAGAUGCCAGUCUCUUUGACGCCAUCUAUUCCUUACUCAAACACAAGAUCCACAGGUUGCCCGUCAUCGAGCCAACGUCUGGGAAUGUCCUUCACAUUCUGACCCACAAGAGGAUCCUAAAAUUCCUUCAUAUUUUUGGAGAAACAAUACCCAAACCCACAUUCAUUCGGAGGCCGAUCCAGGAGACGGGCAUCGGAACGUUCAGGAACAUUGCCACCGUACAGCAAACGGCAACGCUUUACGAUGCCCUUGGCAUAUUUGUGGAUAGGAGGGUGUCGGCGCUUCCCGUGGUAGAUGAAAAAGGCAAAGUGGUGGCACUCUACUCCCGAUUUGAUGUCAUUAAUCUGGCAGCACAGAAGACUUACAACCACCUGGACGUGACGAUGCUGGAGGCUCUCCGUAAGCGCUCCUGUUUUGUGGAGGGGGUGAUCAAGUGUUAUCCAGAUGAAACCCUGGAGACUAUCAUUGAACGCAUCGUCACAGCCGAGGUUCACCGGCUCGUGCUGGUGGACAGGGCUGACGUGGUGAGAGGCAUCAUAUCACUAUCUGACCUACUUCAGGCGAUGGUCUUGACACCAGCAGAAUCCCAGGUGUCAAAUGUAGCUGCUGUGCAGCUGUUUCUACAAAAAUGUCCACGCUGUGUCAAGGCAACCGGAACAGGCGUCCGAGUGGACACAUUUCUUCAAUUUGAACAGUAUUUCUGCCGUGUGUUCAUUUUCUGUAUUAAACUCAAUUUUUGUGAUUUUUAUGAUUUCUGUAGUUUGUGGUCAAAUAUUUUCGAUUUGCAUUUUUGUCAGUGAGACCGCCCAGGUUUUGGCUGCCAUUGACGGCGAUAGAUGUCCAAUCCAGUUGAACUGGAUCAC